GCAUUUCUAAAGAGCCUUUGAAAUAUACUACACAGUUCUCCCGUUGCUGUUUUCUCUGCUCCACUCCUUGACCUUGGUUCAGCACAGAAGAGCGAUCCACCAUCCGGUCUAUGUACUCAUUGCUUUCUGGAAGGCGAGAAGAUGAAGCACUUCGCUUGUCUCCUCUUGCUCUUUGCUUCAGAAAUAUGGAGUUUCGACUUAAUCGUGGAAGAAAACCCAGAGGAUCUAGAAGAGCUGUUUGAUUGGGAGGUGAAUGGAAUCCCUUUGAGAUCAAGUCCACGAAAUGGCAGAUACCAGAGAAGCACGCCUGAUAAUGAUGACUCCCGAGAAUCAGUUACAGGUGGUGACAGCAUUCUCCUCCACAGCUACAAGGUCCAGUCCAUCAUCACAUCUCGUCUGGCCAACACGAUGGUCCAGACCAAGGUGGAAAAUAACGCCAGGCAUUCCCAGGAUCUGGUCUUUGAUGUCCAGAUCCCCAAAGGGGCCUUCAUUCACAACUUCACCAUGAACGUCAACGGCAUCACCUUCACUAGUUCGAUUAAGGAAAAAUCUGCCGCCAGAAGCCAGUAUGCACAAGCCAGAGCCAAAGGUAAAGCUGCUGGAAUACUGAGGAGCAAUGCCCUCGACAUGGAGAACUUCAAGGCUGAACUCAAUGUCCCAGGAGGAACCAAAGUGCAGUUUGAAAUCCAUUAUCAAGAGCUGAUCCGGAGGAAGUUGUCAACUUAUGAACACAUCAUCCCUCUCCAUCCAGGCAGGCUGGCCAAACGGUUGGAGGUGGACGUGCGCAUCAUUGAGCCACAGGGCAUUAGUUUUGUCCAUGUUCCCAAAACGCUUGGUGACACGUUUGCAGAGAUCACUACCAUCUCCAAAGGAGAGGAAAAGGCACAUGUCUCCUUCAAGCCCACAGUGGCCCAACAACGCAAAUGCUCCAAUUGCUCUUCAACGGCAGUCGAAGGCAACUUCGUGGUGACGUACGAUGUCAACAGAGACAGCAAAGCAGGUGAACUGGAGAUCUUCAAUGGCUAUUUUAUCCACUACUUUGCUCCUGAAAAUCUGGAUCCUCUGCCGAAAAACAUCCUCUUUGUUAUUGAUGUCAGCGGCUCCAUGUGGGGAUUGAAAAUGAGACAGACUGUUGAAGCCAUGAAGACCAUCCUGGGAGAUCUCCGUACUGAGGACCAAUUUUCAAUCAUCAACUUCAACCAUAACGUCCGGUGCUGGAGGGAUACUUUAGUGGAAGCCUCCAAAAUGCAGACAGAAGCCGCUAAGAAGUACGUCGAGGGGAUCCAUCCCAAUGGAGGAACAAAUAUCAACGAUGCCAUUCUCCGAGCAAUCUUUAUUUUAAAUGAAGCGAACAAAAUGAGAAUGCUGGAUCCGAGCUCCGUAUCCAUGAUUGUCUUGGUGUCCGAUGGAGACCCUACUGUGGGAGAACUUAAGCUGCCUACAAUUCAGAAAAAUGUGAAGAAAAGUAUUCGCGAUGACACCUCUUUGUUCUGCCUUGGUAUUGGAUUCGACGUGGACUAUGACUUCUUGAAGAGACUGGCUCAUGAAAACAACGGCAUGGCACAGCGGAUUUUUGGAAAUCAGGAUACAUCUUCUCAGAUGAAGAAAUUCUACAACCAGGUCUCCACUCCACUGCUCAAGAAAUUGGAGUUCAACUACCCCCAGGGAUUGGUGUCUGACGUCACCCACAACAGCUUCCAGAAUUAUUUUGGAGGGUCUGAGAUUGUGGUAGCAGGAAAAGUUGACACCGAAAAUGUGCAGCAUUUGCAGAGUGUGAUCACAGCUACUGCCUCCAAUGCACAAUUAGUCUUGGAGACCUUAGAAGAUGUCGAGGGACUGGAUGAAUUCCUGAACAAUGAUAAGCACGCAGACCCCAAAUUCACUGAAAAGCUGUGGGCCUACAUUACCAUCAACCAACUUAUGGCUGAGAGAAACUUGGCCACUACAGCUGCCCUAAAAAGGAACAUCACAAAGACCAUCUUACAGAUGUCCCUGGACCAUCACAUUGUGACCCCCUACACGGCUAUGCUGAUUGAGAGCCCAAGUGGAGACGAGCUCAUGUUGGCUGACUCCCCCCAAGACCGCAAGAGGACCUGCUGCCCAGGUGCGCUAACCAUCGGCCAGCCAAAGCCUGACGGUUCCAUCCCAUCUUGGGCCAAAACCCCAUCAAAGGAUCCAUUCUCUCUUGUCAUGGGACCAACUGCAGCAGCUGUACACGAGGGAUCCUUAGUUAUUGGCCAAGCACCGACUGACAAUCUCAUCCCACCUUGGGUGAAGCCCACCACGAAACCAGGGGGUCCAUUAGCUGUGGUCAUGGGUCCAACUAUUUCUGCCAUACAUGCAGGUCCUUUAAUUGUAGGGCAAGCCAAGGCUGAUAAUUCCACCCCAUCUUUGGGCAAGCCCACAAACAACGCUGCUGGCACUAACCGCAUUCAUUCAGUGGACAACGAUCCUCAUUUUAUCAUCAACCUUCCAAGGCAACAGGAGAACAUCUGCUUCAAUAUAGAUUCUGAACCUGGUGCAAUCCUGAAUUUAAUUUCAGAUGCUGAGUCUGGGAUUGUUGUUAAUGGGCAGCUUGUUGGGGCUAAGAAAUCCGUGAACAAUAGACUGAGCACCUAUUUUGGCAAGAUUGGGUUUUAUUUUGAAAAAAAAGGCUUAAAGGUCGAAGUCAGCACUGAGUCCAUCACCUUGAAGGACGGUAUCUCCAGCACUUCCCUCUCCUGGUCGGACACCGGAACCCUCAUUAGGAGAAGACUGGUUGUCUCUGUGAAGAAAGACAGCAAUGUUACGAUCACUGUCGACGGCGACCUGUCCUUCAUGGUUUUGCUUCACCGCGUGUGGAAGAAACAUCCCGUCAACGUUGACUUCCUGGGGAUCUACAUCCCACCUGCAAACAACUUCUCAUCCAGCGUGCACGGCUUAAUCGGUCAGUUCACGCUUGAACCAGAUGUCGUAAUUUACAACGAACGUCCUGGCCGGGAACCAGGGAAAUCGGAAGCUUCCAUGGAAGUGAAGGGUCACAAGCUCACGGUCACCAGAGGCCUGCAGAAAGACUACCGCUUGGAUCGUGUCUUCGGAACCGGCGUUCAUUGCUGGUUCGUGCACAAUAACGGGAAAGGUUUCCUUGACGGCUACUACAGCGAAUACCUCGUCCCCACUUUGUACAGCUAUCUGAAGCGUCUCUGAGGGGGCCGGGCCGAACGCACGGGUAGGAAACAGCCCACAUCUGAUUGGCCAAGGUUUUGAUUCACACAGCCCUUUGCAGGGAUUCAUUUGUGAGCCCGUCGUUCCAGGUGAUCAACCUUUUCCAAGAGGAACGCCUUAGCAGGGCCUCGGCAUAACAAAGCCCCCUUUUUUCCUGAAGAAGACAAAUUUCUCCGCUCACAUCUGGAAUCCUUCGUGACCGUUCUCCAUGCGAUCGACAGAGGCCACCGCUGCGGAAGUGGGAAAGCUCAAAACCAGCACGUGGGCAAUAUUGAGUUUGAAAGUAAGCCCGAGUAAGGGUGGCUGUCGGACAUCAAAAAUUCACUCUCUUGGUAGGGCAAACGCCAUGUUUUCAAAUAGAAUAAAAAGCUCUCUGUUGGGA